AUGGAGCAUCCAUUCCUCAAUAAUAAUUCGGAUGAUCUCAACGACUUCCUCCGCGUGCUGUUCAACAACAAAAAUACAAUUCGGAUGGCUCAUGAAAAAGUUUGCGAGCUGAUAAAAAAUAAUAGGAUGCCAGGCGAUCCAGUUGAGAGACAAGGAGUUCCUCCGCCAGCGGGUUCGAAUCCACACGCUCCAGUCAGUGCACAACCAUCAGUAGAUAGUUGUCCGUUGAGUUUCCAGACUGUCGAAUCGAAUAUAAGCAGAACAAUUGAACACUUCAGAUGGAGAUCUAAAACGGAUAAAACUGUUGAAAACUACAGGAAUCAGAAGAAUGAUUUAAUAAAGAUUCUGAAAAUUAAAGACGCCUUCAAAAAUAUGUCUCUGGAGCUGUUGGGAACGUUUCAGAAUUCGACAACCGCGGAUUUGGAUGAGAUUUCGGAAAUGUGA